AUGGCCGUACAACCACAACUAUCCGAGAUUGCUGAAAGGGCUUCGGCGACCGACCGCAUACCGCGUACACAUACGAAUAUGCAGUACGAGAGUGAAUCAUUGCCAGCGAGGCCCCCGCCAGUCCACGAGACAUCAUCGGACGCAAGGUCGUGGUCACGGCAGACGGAGGAUGCCCUAGACGUAUACAAGCGGAGGGCCGACAAGCACAAGACAAGCAUCGAUCAAUUCAUCCGCCUCGAUGUGGCCGAAUACCGCCUAGACUCUGGGAACAAUGGCGUCCUGGUCGAAUCCUUCCCCAUCCAACCAAACCAGAUGUCAGAGAAUCCGGCGUCUAACAAAUAUCAUGCAACCUCGGUCGAAGUAGCCCAGGUGGAGCCGGAGGCUGGGCGUGAAACCGGAAACCAAAACAGCCAACCUAAAAACCACAGGAUGACCAAGAUGAUUGCCAAGGAGGACAUCGACUUUUUCACGGCUCUUUUGGAGGGGCACGACCCGCCAACAAUGACGUCGGAGACGGAGACCUUCGUGCACGAAGAGACUGAGACACGGAGAAAGGGCCAGGAGACGAGUGAACGCGACGCAAACUUGAGAAGACUGGAAGAGGCACAGGCGGCGAAAGAAGACUCUGACUUUUUCAUGAUGUUGAUGCAAAAGGACUGA